AGCUAUUGACUUUCUCUCCCACUGACAUCUUCAUAUAUUCACCCACUCCCAUCUCCAAACACCCAAAUACCAUCUCCAUUCUCUCUCUACUCUCUUUCUCUCUCUCUCUCUCUCUUUAGCUUGUUCCCAAUCUUUUUUAGCCUCAUACAUUCAAAGUGCUUAGCUUUGUGAGCAUUAAUGCAUUUUUCUCUUUUGAUUUCUCUCUUUUGGAGUUCUUAGCUUUGUGAGCUCUGGAUCAUCUUCCUCCUAUUAUUCCUUAACAAGACCUUGAAAAAAAACCUCCCAAGCAUGUAAUUUUUGGUUCCUUCCCAACCAGAUCCAAAACCCAAAAAAGAAAAAAAAAAAAAAAUCCCCUCGAAAACUCAAGAAAAAAAAAGAGAAAGAAAAAGUUCUUUAAUUAGGCUGGAUUUCUUAUCACUACUCCUUAUUCCUUAGCAACACAUUUAUAAAAUCCUUCAUAUCAUGUAACUCUCUCCCUCUCCACUCUCCAUCAAAACACCAAAAAAAUCACCAAAAAAAAAGUUUUUUUUGUUUUUUCCCCCUACUUAUCAUGCAUUAGCUAGCUAGACCUUUUGUUAUCAACCCUGGAUCAAGCUCCUCCAUUUUCAUAGCAAAAACUUUAUAAAAAACCCAAAAAACAUGUAAUAUAUUCUCCCCUUCUUAACUACCUCAUCCCUCCACCAAAAAAAAAAAAAAAAAAAAAAAAAAAAAAAACACAAAUUUGCUUUGCAUAUAUUCGAGUAAUAUCGACGUAGAACGACAGCGACAAUGGCGGAGGCGACGGAGAACGGCACGCCGAACAGGUCGGUGCCGCCGACGCCGGGCACGCCGGGCACGCCGGGCGCGCCGCUGUUCGCGGGGGGGCGCGUCGACUCGCUCUCGUACGACCGCAAGUCGAUGCCGCGGUGCAACGAGUGCCUGCCCGUCGACUACUCCUGGGCCGGCCCCCGCACGUGCCUCACCGACUUCCCCAGGCCCGACGUAUCCCUCACUCGCAAGUUAGGAGCUGAGUUCGUGGGCACCUUCAUCCUCAUCUUCGGAGCGACGGCGGCGCCGAUCGUGAACCAGAAGUACAACGGCGCGGAGACGCUGAUCGGCAAUGCCGCGUGCGCGGGGCUCGCCGUCAUGAUCGUCAUUCUCUCGACGGGCCACAUCUCGGGCGCCCACCUGAACCCCUCGCUCACCAUCGCCUUCGCGACGCUCCGCCACUUCCCCUGGGUGCAGGUCCCCGCGUACAUCGCCGCGCAGGUGUCGGCCUCCAUAUGCGCCUCGUUCGCCCUCAAGGGCAUCUACCAUCCCUUUCUCUCCGGCGGCGUUACCGUCCCCUCCGUCAGCACCACCCAAGCUUUCUUUAUCGAGUUCGUCAUCACCUUCAAUCUCCUUUUCGUCGUCACCGCCGUCGCCACCGAUACUCGUGCGGUAGGGGAAUUAGCUGGAAUAGCGGUGGGAGCAACUGUGAUGCUUAACAUACUUAUCGCGGGGCCAUCGAGUGGGGGAUCAAUGAAUCCGGUGAGAACAUUAGGGCCCGCGGUGGCCGCGGGGAACUACAAGCAGAUAUGGAUAUACCUGGCGGCCCCGACAGCAGGUGCAAUCACUGGCGCGGCCGUUUACACUGCGGUGAAGCUGAGGGACGAGAACGGGGAAACGGUGCGCCCGGUGCGGAGUUUCCGCCGCUAAAUCCAAAUGCUAUGGUGAGGUGAUCAUGCAGUUACAUUAUCUAUUUAUUAAUUAUGAUCAUGGUGGUAAUUAAUGAUUAGUGUUGCAAUAAUCCUCGUUUUGCUUUGCUCAAAACGAAUUGUUAAGACAUAUAGAUAUGGUGUGGUGUUUGUUUGGUUUAAGUGUGAGGCAAAGAUGAGCCCUAAGAGGUUCACUUUGUUGUUGUGGUAUUAUUAUUUGCUAUACAUAUUGUGAUAAUUAGUGAAAUAUGUUGUGGAAAUAAACCAGGUCACAAACCCUAUAAGAUGUAAGGAUGAUCCUGUUAAAUGGUCUCUUAUUGUACUUUUCUUG